UCGAAACUGUUUCAUUGUCAACACAAAUCGGAAUGAUGAUGUCGGGAUAGAUAACGGACCGCCGACGACCACAAAGAAACGGUUCCAUCGGCAAACCAAAAAAAACUUAGAAAACCCAAAAAAAAGUAAUUCGAACAAGGAAACAUAAAUCCAAAGCUUCAUUAUCUGUCACUUCUUAUAUUUUGCUUUCCUUUUCCCUUUCUCGAUUUUGCAUCUGAGAAUUUGUGUCUAUCUCUCUCUCCCUCUCGUCGUGGAUUGAGAUGGAGAGCUUACCAACGACGGUCUCAGCUAAACCAGACCGGCGAGGUAGGUCUUCCAAGUCUCAGAAUAACUCCAAGCCCUCUCUUAUCUUAGCCUUCUUCUCUUGCCUUGCUUGGCUUUACGUCGCUGGCCGGUUAUGGCAAGAUGCGCAGUACAGAGCAGCACUCAAUACUGUGCUUAAGAAUAAUUAUGAUCAGAGGCCUAAGGUUCUUACGGUGGAGGACAAGCUUGUGGUUCUUGGAUGCAAAGAUCUCGAGAGGAGAAUUGUUGAAACUGAAAUGGAUUUGGCACAGGCAAAGAGUGAAGGCUAUCUUAAAAACCAGAAAAGUCUCUCUUCUUCAGGGAAGAAGAUGCUUGCUGUUAUUGGAGUUUACACAGGCUUUGGAAGUCACUUGAAGCGCAAUAAGUUUAGAGGCUCUUGGAUGCCACGAGAUGAUGCUCUGAAAAAACUUGAGGAAAGAGGAGUUGUCAUACGUUUUGUGAUUGGUCGGAGUGCUAACCGAGGUGAUAGCCUAGAUAGGAAAAUUGACGAAGAAAAUCGUGCAACUAAAGACUUUUUGAUUCUUGAGAAUCACGAGGAAGCCCAAGAAGAGUUACCAAAGAAAGUGAAAUUCUUCUACAGUGCUGCUGUUCAGAAUUGGGAUGCAGAGUUUUAUGUUAAAGUUGAUGACAACGUUGACCUAGAUCUUGAGGGGAUGAUUGGGCUUCUUGAAAGCCGACGUGGUCAAGAUGGUGCUUACAUUGGGUGCAUGAAGUCUGGAGAUGUGAUUACCGAAGAGGGAAGUCAAUGGUAUGAGCCUGAGUGGUGGAAAUUUGGGGACGACAAAUCGUACUUUCGUCAUGCAACUGGUUCGCUUGUAAUACUCUCCAAAAAUCUGGCUCAGUAUAUCAAUAUAAACAGUGGAUUGUUGAAGACAUAUGCGUUUGAUGAUACCACCAUUGGAUCAUGGAUGAUUGGCGUCCAGGCAACAUAUAUAGACGACAAUCGCCUUUGCUGCAGUAGCACGAGACAAGAAAAAGUAUGUUCCAUGGCAUGAUAGAUGCAUAGCUGAUCCUCUUGUGCUCGAGCAAAGACGGAGGUUUCUCAUCGCAUUCGUGGUGGUUAGUUACUCCUUGAGGCAAAUUCUUGGACCCGAUACCAGAUUUGUAAUUCGUUUUGUUAGAAUGAGAGUAUGAUUAGCCAAUUCAUUACAGUUUGUGAUUAGGAUAUAUCCCUUGAGCUUUUGCAGUAAGAAAAUGAGGGGAAUCAGAAAAUGUUAUAGUUGUGAAUGAAGUAUAAUUUUUGUCCCCCGUCAUUUGUCAUAUCAAAGUACAUCUUUUCAUG